CUCAGGGACUCCGGCCCCUCUCCAGCCUCCCCUCCAAGCCUGUGGCCUAAACGUGAGCCCAACGCCUUACCAGAAGCGCGGGAGAACCGAGCGCCGGAUCGUUGCUCCCUUUUGCCGCCUUGGUCUUCCUCCAGUGGGGUCCGCUCUAGGCUACCGAUUCUCCAUCACUCGAUGGUUUGAUGAACUGUUUUUUUUCUCUCUCCGGUUUCCUCCUACAAGCGCGUGCGCUCUAAGGAGAGACAACGGGCCUUCCUAGAGGAAACAGCCGGCGUUCCAAGAUGAAAGAAGAUCCUAAAUGCUGUGAACAUGAUCCUAGAAGACACCAGAGACAGGCAUGGAAGUUCUGGGACUCAAAGAUCGCUGCCUUCUACUGGGCCCUGGCCUGCUCAUGUUUCUUGAAUUCAGGAACUCAGUCACAUGGCACCUGCAGAAAUUCUGGGAAGCCUCUGGCUUCUUCUGGCAGACCCAGCGGGAGAAUCUGCACCACCUACUAGGGGGAAAUGAAUGGCUGAAUUUUUUAUUAGGCACUGCUGUAGUCCCUGGCCUUGUUUUCUGGAGCUUCAAUGGAAUCUUGAUGGUAGCCGAUGUCACUGGGAAGCCAAGCUUCAUUACACGAUACCGCAUUCAGUUGGGGAAGAAUGACCCUGUUGACACAGAAAAACUGCGCAGUGCCAUCCAUACAGCCUUGUUCAAUCAUUUUUUCAUCUCUCUGCCCAUGUUGAUCCUCAUGUUGCCUAUCAUGAAAUGGAGUGGGGAGCCAUGCAGUUUGCACCUGCCCACCUUCCACUGGUUUCUUCUUGAGCUGGCCACCUUUACCCUGCUAGAGGAAAUUCUCUUCUAUUACUCUCAUCGGCUUGUUCAUCACCCUCUCCUCUUUAAACACAUACAUAAAAAACAUCACGAAUGGACUGCUCCGGUUGGCAUAGUCUCAGUCUAUGCUCAUCCAGUAGAGCAUGUGGUUUCCAAUAUACUGCCUGUGAUCACUGGCCCAAUCCUCAUGGGAUCGCAUGUUAUAUCAAUCAUGAUGUGGCUCUCUCUUGUCCUUCUGACUACCUCAAUCUCUCACUGCGGCUACCAUUUACCUUUCCUGCCUUCACCAGAAUUCCAUGACUUCCAUCAUCUCAAAUUCAAUCAGUGCUAUGGAGUCUUGGGGGUGCUGGACCACCUACAUGGAACCAACACAUUGUUCAAGCAAACCCAGGCCUACAAGAGAGACAUUGUCCUGUUGAGCCUCACACCCCUUACAGAAAGCAUGCCAGAUUCCCCUAAAAAUUAGAAUGACCCUUCCUUUAUUGCAGCUUACUUUCUUCACCAUCAUCCAGAUAAUCACAAGAAACAGCAGAUGGGUUAUAUCAGAUUUUCUAAUGAGGUACUCAAUUACCAAGAUGAUAUUGUAGCAGGUUUCAAGUAUCCUUUGGCAAGGGACAGAACUAAACCUAUCAUGUUGGCCUUUGAUGACACUCAUGUUUGGAGAGCACAGCAGAAGAAUGAUGCCAACUUCUGCAGAUAUGGCUGUGGUUGAUCAUGGAAACAAAAGAGCUGGAAGUGUAAUAAAGUUAUUUGCUGGAGGGAACAGUAUAUACUUUCAAGCAUACCAAAAACCAGUUACUGUCACAGAAUUCCAGGUUAUGAUGAGCCAGAAAUUCAGCCUGACCCAACAAAGAAUCAAGACCAGGUGCACUCGGAGCAUUCAUCCCUAAUCUUGGAGAAAAGCAACUAGUUGGCAUCUUUUAACCUUUGGACAUCCCACAGUGACUACAGAGGACUGAAAUCACUCAGAAUACAAAGCUGAAAGAUAAGUCCUAUCCAGCAGUACCCUGCAAGGCAUCAUAUUGUUGGCUGAUACUCUCGUGUUGCAAAACAUAACGGUAAAAAUGGGAAAGGGAGAAGAGAUUAGAAAGCCAUGCCUCUCCAAGUAACUGCUGAAAAUUCCUAAGAGAUAGUAGAACUAAUUAGCAUAGCCAAAGAGCAUUAUGAUGAUUUUAUACUAGGUAAACUUGUAAUUAGUGUAAGUAGCCGUUUGGAAUAGGAGGUAAAUGCAACAUGAAACCAUUCUUGCCUAGUUCUCAAAAAACAACGGAUGAGGUGAUGGCAUAAGCACUACUCCAAGCAGAACACGCACAAAAGGCUCACCUUGUGAUAAAAUAUUCCUAAAUACAGAUAGCAAUUAUUAAUUCCAGGACAAAGCCAGGCUAUAACCCUUUCUCUCCAAUGUUUCGUUUUCUAUGCGCAAGGUAUAUUUUUUGUAUGGAGGACCAUUUAGCUGUGACUCUACAACUAGAAGAAGCACAGAUACAGAUUGCCUAUUAGACUAAUUUUUCAUUCUUUGGAGAACAGUUGAAAUAACUGAGGAAACCAGGAAUCUUGCUUAAGUACAUAAUGCUGAGGGCACAAAUGGACAUUCAGCUUGGGAGCUCCACAAAAAAUGUCUGCUACAUGUCAAGCCCCAUCUUGCUGGUAACAUUUUAGGGACGCUUACCCUGUCUUUACAUCAUCAUAUCACAUUUCCUAAUCCUCUGGUCCACAUGUGAGUGCCAUUAGUAGAAAUGGUCUGACGACAGAAACAAAGAGUGUGCAAACUACAAGGUCUUUUGAGGUUUUUAUUUUUAUACAUUUCUUGUAUUAAAAAGGAAAAAGCAUAAUUACCACAAAUUACAAAGGACUAAAGCACUACUAGAAUAAUGAGUCAUAUCAGCCUAGAAAGCAGAUACUCUGAAUAAUAUUACUGUUUAUAAUACAGGCUCUCAUUCAAGUAUUUUACAAUUUCCCCCCUCUUUUUUCCCCCUCCCCCCCCAAUGUGAUGAUGAUCCUAGCACAUGGGUUAAGAUAUACAUACUAUUAACAGGAGAUGGGAUUGUGUAUGGUGGGCCAUAUUAACAAGAUCUUUUCCUCCAAGGUGAUAUAUGGUAACAGUUGGUUUAAAAUUUUCUUAUGAAUAAAUACAGCUGAAAGUGAUUAUAAACACUUCUGGGAUUUUGCUUUAGCAGAAGGGGCAAGGUUGGAGUACGUAUACACACAAACCUGCUCAGGGAGAGCACGCAAACCAAACAAACAGAUGUUCCUUUCUACUG